ACCGUGGAUGCUCGAGACCCUAACGGGUAUGGGCAUGGUUUUGAUUUUCUACCCGUUUCUUAUGUGGGUAUGGCUAUGGGUAAAACUAAAACCCGAACUACUUUGGGUUUUUUCCCAACCCAACCCAUUGCCAUCCCUAGGUUGUCAAAUGACGUUGAGUUCAAUACUAUUAUCACCAAAACAAUUUUUUCCGCUAACUUUUUGUCCCAAUUCAAAAACCAAGGUUUGUCAGUUGAAUACCCUUGGGACAACAUAGGUCUGCCCUCUGAAUACAAUUAUAUGGCUGUUAUCAAAUAAGGUUUAGCCUGUCGUGUGAAUAGUCAAGUUAUCGUUGAUCCCUCUGUUUAUUGAGCUCUCGGCUUUCUGAGAUGCUAUUCGUUGGUGUUUUGGUUCACUACUUUUUCAAUAUCUUGUUUUUCUGGUGUGCGUAGAUGAUUCAUCAGAUGGUCAACACGAGGGAUUCAUCGUAUACAGUGGAUGGAGCUAUCAUGCAAGAGAUUUAGGUGUUUUCGGCUUCGUUACUUCGUGGUACAUUCCAUUUCACUCCUCGUAGGUAUAAUAAGCAUGCUCAUAUCGUGACAUCAAGUCCUUGAAGCGAUGGUUCAGACACUUGUCGAUCAUCGUAUUUUUCUUAUUUCAAUUUCCUAAUUCUCGUCUCACUAGAUCUUGUAUAUUGUCGUAUCUAUACUACUUCCCUCCGAAAAUAUCCAUGACAAAGAUAAAAGAAAGUGAAAUGGACAUAAAAAUAUCACCCAUGCAUGACAAAGAGACAAAUACAAUAGUACUUAAAAGUGGUCCAUGAAAAAUAAUCGACCAUACCCUUUUUUUCUAUACCAUACUUUCAUUUUAUUUAUAUGGAGCAUACAGUUUUUCAAUUUGCAAAUGUCAACUUCCCAGUUAUCGCCCUAUCAAAUCACUUCACUCUUCACAUAGAAUUCUGUUAGAUGGUGAAGUUAAUUGUAUAAAUUAGAGAAACAAUUAAGAAGGAUAAAAAGUGGAAGGGAGUAUGUUGGUGGGAUAUCCGACAAGAAAUCUCCGGAAAUCCAAUAAUAGAUAGGGAUUGGAAAAUGGAUAGCAGACCAUCUCCAGCCUCUAUAACAACAUCAUUAUGGAUAGGUUAGCCCUCCCAUUCAUCUACACUCUACACCAAUCCAUUGAUAUCGUCAUCAAUGGCUCUACUGCUCGAAUACUUCUCCUGCAUCCCCUUAAUCACACUCAUAAUUACUAUACUAAUCAUCCUGGGAGCGAUAUCAAUAGCACUAAUCCCAAACCUCAGACCAGGACGACGUCGCUUGGUGGAGAAAAAAUCACCACCAGGCCCACGGAAGCUGCCGGUGAUCGGAAACCUCCACCAGCUCAUCUGCGAGCUACCCCACCACCGCCUCCGGGAUCUGGCCCAAAAGCACGGCCCACACGUUAUGGGCCUCCAGCUCGGUGAGCUCUCCUACAUCGUCAUAUCCAGCCCAGAGGCCGCCGCGGAAGUUCUGAAAGCCCACGACCUCAGCUUCGCGACGCGGCCCCGGCUCCUGGUCUCCGACGUCGUAUUCUACGGCGCCAAGGACAUCGCACUGGCGCCGUACGGCGCCUACUGGCGGCAGGUGCGCAAGAUCUGCGUGGUCGAGCUCCUCAGCUCCAAGAGAGUCCUCUCUCUCCGCCCCGUCAGGGAAUCCGAAGCCGCCAAGCUCACCGCCGCCAUCCGCGCUGCGGGCGGCGGCGUGGGCGUCGACGUCGGCAAGCUUUUGGUGUCGUCGACGUGCAGCUUUACUUUCAGGGCGGCGUUCGGGAUGGCGGCGGAGGAGAUCAUAACGGUGAAUAACAGGGAAGCGAUUUUCACGGAGGUCAUCUCGGGGAUUUCAGAGGCUGUGGGCGGGUUCAGAGUAUCGGAUCUGUUCCCUUCUCUUAAAUUCCUACCCGCGUUGACCGGGUAUCGAUCACGCCUUGUCAAGUUGCAUCUAGCGGCUGAUGCGAUGCUUGAGGACAUCAUCAACGAACACAAAGCUCGACGUCGAAUCAGUCGUAACGCUGCGGCGGAUCAUCGUAGCCAAACUCAACAUUCCGAGGAUCUGGUGGAUAUUCUUCUCAAUCUCCAGGAGGAUGGAACCGAACUGGAUUUCCCGUUGACCACCGAAUCCAUCAAAGCAGUCGUUUUGGACAUGUUUUUGGCUGGUACCGAAACGAGCUCAACAACAAUACAAUGGACCAUGUCCGAAUUGAUGAGGAAUUCGGGUGUGAUGCAUAAAGCACAAGAAGAGGUGAGACGAACGUUUGCCUGUAAAGGAAAGGUGGACGAGGAGGAUCUUCAUAAUCUGACUUAUUUAGACUUGGUUAUACGAGAGAGUUUAAGAUUGCACCCUGUAGUUGCUUUGCUUGUUCCGAGAGAAGCUCGAGAGAGGAAGGAGAUCCUUGGCUAUGAGAUCCCUUCCGGAACUAAAGUUAUCGUCAAUGCUUGGGCUAUUGGGCGAGAUCCUCGUUAUUGGAAAGAAGCCGACAAGUUCUUCCCGAAAAGGUUCCUUGAUCAUCCAAUUGAUUAUAAGGGGAACAAUUUGGAAUUCAUCCCUUUUGGUUCCGGAAGAAGGAUGUGUCCUGGAAUGUCAUUAGCAUUAGCUACUGUGAAACUGAUACUAGCAAAUCUACUAUAUCACUUUGACUGGAAACUCUCUACUGGAAUUACUCACGAGAAUUUUGAUAUGUCUGAGAGUUUUGGUUCCAUGGUUGGUAGAAAAUAUAGCCUGCACUUGAUUCCAAUACCAUACGACAACUGCUUGGAAGGAUGGCAAGACGGAGUGCAACUUCUUGGAAAAGAUUGAGGUUCAUGUUCAUCAUCCUCGUUUAUAAGCCGAAUCUUCAAUGUUUAUGCUUAAUUAAGGUCUUAAUUAGUAUGUUUAAUUUGUUUCUUAUUUGUCUCAACUUUUCCCUCAUGUGUAUGGUUAAAACAAAUCCUUUUUGGAUUUUAUUUGCAAUAAAUAGGAGGAACGUUGUUGUCACGUCAUUUUGUACUUCAAAUAGUAGGCAAGUAUGCAAGACUUUUAUGAUCGUUAUGAUAUAUUUAUGGUUGUUAUUCUACGUCUAAAUGUAUAUAAUUUCAGAUUUCUCAUUUACAACCAUAAUCAUUAGGAAGUAUGUAUCGAUAUAACCAUGAAUGUUUUUUUAAUGUAUAUCAAUUUUAAUAAAUCUACCACACGUUAGCUUAAAAUGUUGAAAUUGAUAAUAAUAUAAAAAAUUAAAAUUUCCAUGAUCACAUAAUUGAUUGACAUGACUACACGUGUCCAUAUUGCAUACCGACAUGAAAUAUCCAAUCCUCUGAUUGGAUAGGGAAAUUAAAAACAGCAAAUGAAAUUCUAUUUUCACUUGUGAUGUUUGUGUUUGGAGCUGAAACUGAUUUGAGAAUGAAUCCCAUUUGACCUAAAUUUUGAAAUUGGAAAUCAUAUGAUAAGUGUCGGAAAUUGAGUGUAUGGAAAUGGAAUUAGCGGGUUCACAAAACUAUUGUUUUUAUCAUAUUUAAUAUAUUUUUUGUCUAUCUCAUUCAUACUUCUGUUACCAAUACAAACUAACAUACUAAAUUAUGUAUUAUUAAAAACAUAAUUUAUUUCAUAACUGUGAGGAUUAUAACAAACAAAAAAUGAAAAUCAAAUUCUAAGAAAAUAAAAAUAAAAUAUGAAUGAAAAAGUUUCCAAUACAAGCGGUAAAAAAUUACAUGAAAAAUUAAUCCUCUAGUUCGAGCCGGUAACUGAUUCCUUUGAUAAUGUCCCUACAAAUACAAUCACAUCUCAGGAAUUCAGAAGGCCAUACCGUUGGAGCUACCGAAAAAUCUUCAAGAUAACUACUAUGUUUCAAUUUCCAUCGCUUGAUUUUUGCGAUCUAGAGGCCAUUGGAGCUUAUCAACGACCUUAAUUAAGACAAGCACAAGCAAAUAAUUGACCGUGCCAAUCCCAUCAUACAGGAAAGUGAUUGUCAUUCACUCCAUUAAUUGCAUUUUAGCGUCACUGCUGACUAAGUUACUUUGGACCUCUUCCUUCCCAAUUUGUGUCAAAUUAUUGCAUCAUCUAUCAGUUAUACUACAAAAGUUGUGAAGGUUGGAUCAGUAGAAUAUCGAUCCUAUUUGUCCAUAGAAGUGGGAUUGUGCGACCUCCACGGAUCAAAAUUGAUUCGGCACCAUCUAUCACUAGGGUGGGCAAUGGGCGGGUUGGGUGGAUUUUGGUAUAAAAUUGACCCACCCGCUUACUAGUGGGAUGAAAUAUAUGUGAUCCGCAAUCCACCCACAUACUUAUGCGGGUUGGGUUGGGUGGGUGAAGAAUGGGUGCGGUUGAGUCGCGGGUUAACCCGCAAAAGCAAUUCUCCAACUAGCAAUUAAUAAAGUUGACUAACAUUUAUAAUAAGAAACAACAUUUUUCCAUGUAAAAAUAGGACGCGAGUCAUACGGGUGACCUGCAAUCCACCCACCAUCCACCCACAUAAGUGCGGGUGAGAGAUUUUACAAUUCGCAAUCCACCCACAUCAAUCACCCAUUGCGUGCGGGUCGGAUUAUUUGCGGAUGGAUCGAUGUCAAUCCGCGGAUUAACCACCCACGUGCCCACCCCUAUCUAUCACCAUAAUUUCCUCUUGUUGAAACUAGUUAGUUUCCUUUUAUACUGGCGAUGGAUUCUCUGGAAAUAAUAUCUCGAAUUUUGU